GCCCGCCCCUGGAUGUCGAGGGGAUCUGGGAAGAUGGAGGCCGUACCUGCAGGAGAAGAUGCCUGGGGACCCGGGAUCUUCGCCGGAGCCUGCUGGAUACUUGCCCAGUUCUCAGUCAAGAAACAGACACCACAUUAAGGAAGAAGAGCUUAAAACUAGACAGUGGUUAAGAAUUGCUUUUCUAUUAAAGACUGGAAAGCCUGUGAAGAAGAGACUGGAAAGCCUGUGAAGAAGAGACAGCAUCAAAGUUGCACAAUGAGUGUUUAUAACAAGUGCCUGCAAUAGCAACUUGAAAAAUUUAAUCAGUUUACGAUGAAUCAAUGUGGUACUGAAGCCAAUAGUUCUACAAGAUGUUCUACACAAGGCAUAGACAUCCAGUGCUACUUGAUCCUGAACAACAGCACACAGAAAAUCUUCAUUGCAACGAUCUGCAUUGUAAUGGGAGCUCUGUGUAUCCUGGAGAACACCCUAGUCCUCUCCAUGAUUUUUACCUCUUCUCUUCUUAGAAAAAAACCUUCCUACCUGUUUAUCAGCAGUCUGGCUACAGCUGACCUUCUAGCAAGUCUUAUAUUCUGCUACAGCUUUGUUGACUUCCACGUUUUUCAUGGUGCCGGUACUCGAGCUGUUUUUUUAUUUAAGCUUGGUGGUGUCACCUUGUCCUUUACAGCAUCACUUGGAAGUUUACUUCUUACAGCUUUUGAUAGGUACAUUUGUAUUCAUAAACCAUCUGCAUAUAAGGUAAUGGUGACCAGAAAGAGAGCCCUCCUGGCACUUACAGUAAUGUGGGUCAGUACCGCUAUCAUCUCAUACCUACCUCUCAUGGGUGUUGACUGUUGUAGUUUUGAAGUUACCUGCUCAGAACUGUUUCCGCUCAUUGGAAACAAGUAUUUGUCAAGUUGGAUUGUAUUAGUAGUAAUUCUUCUCAGCUCAAUAAUAUUUUCCUACAGCCAUAUUCUCUGGAAAGCACACAGGCAUGCAAGCUAUAUGAAGAGGCACAGUAUUAAAGCAGAAAAAGGACAAGCCCGAGUAAGACUGGACAUCAUGUUGGCUAAAACCUUAGCAUUUGUAUUAAUAGUGCUGAUUGCUUGUUGGAGUCCAGUGCUCAUUCUUAUGAUUCACAGCCUAAUAUACACAUUAGAUGCAAAAGUCAAGGCUGUGUUUGCCUUUUGUAGCACUCUGUGCUUGGUUAACUCCAUGGUCAACCCAAUAGUUUAUGGUUUACGAAGCAGAGAGUUACGACGCAGGUUGAUGAUAGUCCUCCGAAAUCUAAAAUGUCUGAGGAAGCUCUCAAAUAGUCAGCAAGACAUAAAUGGAACUGAAAAGAACAAAAUUGGUGAGGCCACCUGUGAUGACACAGUUUGUGAUACUGAAGUUAGUACAUGAUCACUAUCCAAACACAUUUUUUGCGCAGCCAUUCUGGAUGAUUUUAAAUGUGUAUGUUGGACAAGGCAAACAUCAGUUCCAAUGUAUU